AUGGGCACACAAGGGCACAGCACCGACCCACCUCAAGGUGCUACAGCAGUCACAGGCCUGGUCCGCUGGUGGCUCGACCUCACACACACCACCACCACCACCACCAUCCAGGGCGGGCCUGCAGUUCUGACAAGCUCCACCAUGGCUGCACCUGCACCUGCGGCCAUGGCUGCCUCACAGAAGGAGUCUCCAGGCAGGUGGGGCCUGGGGGAAGAUCCAACAGGCACAGGCCCCUCGCUGCAGUGCCGCGUGUGUGGGGACAGCAGCAGCGGGAAGCACUAUGGCAUCUACGCCUGCAACGGCUGCAGUGGCUUCUUCAAGAGGAGUGUGAGGCGGAGGCUCAUCUACAGGUGCCAGGUUGGAGCAGGCAUGUGUCCAGUAGACAAGGCCCAUCGCAACCAGUGCCAGGCCUGCCGACUGAAGAAGUGUCUUCAGGCGGGCAUGAACCAGGACGCUGUGCAGAAUGAGCGCCAGCCCCGCAGCACAGCCCAGGUCCGCCUGGACAGCAUGGAAGCGGACAGCGAACCUCGAGGGCCAGAAACCCUCAUCUCACCCCCAGGCCCCACGGGGUCUAGCCCCCGGAGCCAGCCCCCUGUGUCUGCUGCCAGGGCCCUGGGCCACCACUUCAUGGCCAGCCUCAUCACGGCCGAGACGUGUACCAAGCUGGAGCCAGAGGAUGCUGACGGGAACAUCGAUGUCACCAGCAAUGACCCUGAGGUGUCUGCAUCCCCCUGUGGCCUGGACAGCGUCCACGAAACGUCAGCACGCCUGCUCUUCAUGGCUGUAAAGUGGGCCAAGAACCUGCCUGCGUUCUCCAACCUGCCCUUCCGUGAUCAGGUGAUCCUGCUAGAGGAGGCAUGGAGCGAGCUCUUCCUCCUGGGGGCCAUCCAGUGGUCUCUGCCUCUGGACAGCUGCCCGCUACUGCCUCCACCUGAGGCCUCUGCCAUCGCUGGUGGUUCCCAGGGCCGGCUGGUGCUAGCCGGAGUGGAGAUGCGGACACUGCAGGAAACCAUUGCUCGGUUCCGGGCACUGGCUGUGGACCCCACCGAGUUUGCCUGCCUGAAAGCCCUGGUGCUCUUCAGACCAGAGACGCGGGGCCUGAAGGAUCCCGAGCAUGUGGAGGCCCUACAGGACCAGUCCCAGGUGAUGCUGAGCCAGCACAGCAAGGCCCACCACCCCAGCCAGCCCGUGAGGUUUGGGAAGCUGCUGCUCCUGCUGCCAUCACUGCGGUUCCUCUCCUCCGAGCGCGUAGAGCUCCUCUUCUUCCGCAAGACCAUCGGGAACACCCCCAUGGAGAAGCUCCUGUGCGAUAUGUUCAAGAACUAG